AUGGUCUUCCCCGUCUACCUCAAUAUUGCGCUGGCUGCUCUCUCACUAUGCUAUCUUCAAGCGUACGCAUCUGUUGUUGCAUAUCGCCUCUGCCCCUUUCAUCCUCUCGCGACUUACCCUGGUCCACCUCUUGCGAAGAUAACAAAAUGGUAUAUGGCGUACUAUGUGGCUCGCGGCACGAGGCACCUUUUAAUCAAAGAUCUACAUGCGCGCUAUGGGCCGUGGGUUAGAAUCGGACCCAACGAGCUCUCUGUGAAUGAGCCUGCCGCCAUCCGUCCGAUAUACGCGCAGAUGUAUCGCGGCCCAUCGUAUCAGGGGGCCCCGUCAGACGCGGACGCCCUCACCAAUAUUCCCAAUAAGGAGAGAUACCUGGAACGCUUGCCUGCGUGGCACAGGGCCUUCUCGAGCGAGAAUAUCAAGCGGUUUCGCCCUAUGGCCGAAGCGCGUACUGCGCAACUCAUCGAGAUCCUCGCCAAGAAGUCUGAAGACGGCGAGACCAUCGACCUCUCGCAUUGGAUCUCAAUGUGGGGCAUCGAUAAUAUGGGGGAUAUGUCCUUCUCUGGUGGCUUUGAAAAGCUGGCGGCCGGAAGAGACGAGGAAGGUUGGACCGAUAUUAUCUUGAUGGGAGUUCUCGUCGUCGGUGUCCUUGGACAAGUCCCGUACAUGCGGGAUAUCCUUAGGCUGGCCCCAACGCCCGGCCCGAUAGCUGUAUUCCAGCGCCUCACUGGAAAGAAAGUCGAGGAGACGCGUCAGAAGCAGGCUGGCGUGCACGCGGAUAUCCUCAGCAUCCUCCAAAACACCGAGCCUGGCGAGUACAAGAUCACCGAAGCUGAAGCCGCAGCGGACGCGUCAUUCCUCAUCGUCGCCGGCUGGGACACAGUCAGCGAGUGCGCGACGACCUUCUUUCGCUACGUCUUUGCAGACCGCGCCGUCCUCGCCCGUCUGCGCGCGGAGAUCCUCGACGCGUUCGGCGACCUGGACCCGGACUACGAUACGCUUAUGCGACUGCCGUAUCUCGAUGCUUGCGUGCAGGAGGCGCUUCGUAUGGUGCCGCCUGUGGCAGCCGGACCACCGAGGACGAGCGGGGCGGCGGACUAUACGAUACUCGGUCAUUAUAUUCCGAAGGAGACGGUCGUGGCCUGUCCUAUCUACGCCAUGCAUAGAUCCGCGGAUAACUUUUCUGACCCGGACACGUUCAUGCCUGAGCGAUGGCUGGGCGAGCGUUCCGGCCUUGUCCACAAUCCCGAAGCUUUCAUACCGUUCUCUAGCGGUAUCGGGAUUUGUUUGGGAAAGCCUGUGGCACUGUAUAACAUGAAACUUCUCGCUGCCAAAUUGGUCCGCUCCUUCGACGCUGACUUCGCGGAGAGCUUCAGCUCUGAGGAAUUCGACGGGUCUUACAAGGAGCAUAACCUUUGGCGGCACGGCCCGUUGUUGAUGCGUUUGCGCAUGCCCAAGUGAAUUCUGAGUUUGUCGUUCUCACAAACCUGUGUCGAAAGCUUCCGAAUACUACUUCGAGCUGUAUGUUCUCAGUGACUGUUUGUCCAGGAAGCGACGCAUUGGCGUAUGCACGGUCCUUUUCGGGAAUUCACGAGUCUUGUGACCCGAGGGUUUGUGCAC